AAAGCCACUCAUUUCUCCCACUGGCUCACUCUGCUUCCGCUCUCCUCCUCAUCCUCUCUGCCACUAACCACCUCCCUCUGCAUCAAACCCACCACUCCCUCCUCCCUCCCCUCCCCCGUUUCUCGCUCGCUUUCCCCCGCGACGCGACCGAAUCUCCAGCGGCGCCGCCCCCCCCUCCGGCCCCAAUGGUGAACCCGCCGGAGCUCUACCACCGGAUCCUCGACGUCCCCAGGGGCACCUCCUCGCAGGGGCUCCGCGCCGCCUACAAGGGCCUCGCCAGGAAAUGGCACCCCGACAAGCACCCGCCGGCCUCCAAGCCCGAGGCCGAGGCGCGCUUCAAGGCCAUCACCGAGGCCUACGAGGCGCUCCUGGACCAGCAGGAGAACCGGGCGGUCUUCGGGGCGUGCAACGACGACCGGGCGGCCGAGAUGUUCGGGACGUUCGGCGCCGGCGCGCGCAUGGCGAGGUCGCGCAGCGACGACUUCUGCAUGCGGAGCGCGCCCGCCACGCCCGCCAGGGAGUUCACCAAGGUCUACAGCUCCGGCAACACGGGCGGCCGCCGCGCCUUCGCCGAGUUCUCCAGCUCCAUCAUGCGCAAGGCGCCGCCGCUGGAGCGCGCCCUCGAGUGCACGCUCGAGGAGCUCUGCCGCGGCUGCAAGAAGCAGGUCAAGUUCACCCGCGACGUCGUCACCAAGAACGGGUCAAUAGUUAAGAAGGAGGUGACCCAGGCGAUCAUGGUGAACCCGGGGUGGAGGAAGGGGCACAAGGUCACCCUGGACGGCAUGGGGGACGAGAGGCCGGGGUGCCUGCCGGCCGACGCCGUCUUCACCGUGGCCGAGAAGAAGCACUCGACGUUCAAGCGGGUGGGCGACGACCUGGUGCUCAAGGCCAAGGUGCCGCUGGUGAGCGCGCUCACCGGCUGGUCCUUCUCAUUCAGGCUCCUGAGCGGCAAGAAGGUGAGCUGCUCGUUCGACGACGAGGUCAUCUGCCCCGGGUACGAGAAGGUGAUCAAAGGCGAAGGGAUGCCGAUCGCCGAGCAGAGAGGCGCGCGGGGCGACCUACGGGUGAAGCUCGAGAUCGUCUUCCCGGAGCAGCUCACCGACGAGCAGCGUGCCGGCCUCGCUCAGAUCCUCAAGGACUGCACCUGAGUGAGUCUGCAAUGUUGUUGUUAGGCCCAGCUGUAUGUAUGAGUUUUCCCGGCCGUGCUGUUAAUACCUCUCCAGAGGGUGUGAGUACAUAAAGAGAUGGGUCCUUGUACAUACAGUUCAGUUUUUCUCUCUAUAAAUAUAUAAAACGUGAGGCAAGCAUUAUGUGGAUAGUAUAGUACA